AUGGAAGACAAUUCAAUCGUCAAUGAUAAUCGACAUCAUGAUAAUAGUUAUGUAUCAACAUGUACAAUACGUGGCGUACCAAUUGUAAGUUUAAUUACGGAUGGCAAAGAACGUCUAAGUUUGGCACAAAUAUCAAAUGAUUUAUUAAAAGGUUUUAGUUAUAAUGAAAUACAUAAUCGACGUGUUGCAUUAGGUAUAACUUGUGUUCAAUGUACACCUGUUCAAUUAGAAUUACUAAGACGAGCAGGUGCUAUGCCAAGUUCAUCUCGACGUUGUGGUAUGAUAACUCGUCGUGAAGCUGAACGCUUAGUUAAUUCAUUUCUUGAAUCAACAAAACCAUUAAAUUUACCGGAAAAUUUCGUUUUUGAAGUUUAUCAUCAUUGUGCAUGGGGAUGUCGUGGUUUAUUUAUUCCCAUACGAUAUAAUAGUUCACGAGCAAAAUGUAUCAGAUGUUCAUUUUGCGAUAGUUUCCUUUCACCAAAUAAAUUUAUAUUUCAUUCUCAUCGUUUAGCGAAUGUUACCUAUGUUCAACCGGAUAGUCCAAAUUUCAAUGCAUGGCGUCGUCAUUUACGUUUACAUAAUCCAACUCAAAGUGAAGAUUUAAGAGAUGCAUGGGAAGAUGUCAAAGCUAUGUUUAAUGGUGGUAAUCGAAAACGAUCAUCAUCAGGAACCAUAGCGUCCGGUAGUACUUUAAAGUUAUCAGCAAAAAAUAAUUCGAUCAAUGAAAAUUAUGAACAAACAAAUGAAACAAGUGACGAAGAUAAAGAAGACGAUGAAAAAAUUGAAGAUAAAAAAGAGGAUGAUGAAAAAAUAAUUCUACCAAUACCACCACCACCGAAAAUACAAAAAACAAAAACAAGAGAAAAAAAACUACCAACCCAUAAUGUUGUUUCAUCAACAACAGUCGAUGAACAAUUAUCGGAAAUAAAUAUGUUUUUACCACCACCUUUGGCAACAGUACCAACAGUACCAACAGUACCACUACCACCGCCACCACCAUCAGCUCAUUUCUUUCCUUUUCCACCACCAUUACCAUCAUCAAAUUCUCUAUCACUUGUUACACUUAAUUCAACUGAUUGGUUGCAAUUUUUUCGUUCACCAUUAUUUAUCCCAAAUUCUUUUCGUUUACCAUUAGCAUCCGUGCCAAGGCGAUUUCCAUUUGAAAUUAAUCAUUCGAAUUCAUCAAUUAUUGGGAGCGGCUCACAAUCAGCAUUUAAACCACCAAUUCAAAAACAUAAUUAA